AUGCACGAAAGUUACAUUAAAAGCUUGUGGGGUUCUGAUGAAUGUCAUUGGUCGGCUGUGGAUUCUGAGGGGCAAUCUGGAGGGAUAGUAACAAUUUGGAGAAAAGGGGUGAUGAGGGCUGAUUUCAGCUUCAAAGCUAAAGGUUUACUAGGAGUGAAUGUUGUUUGGAACGGUACGAAUUGCUAUUUCAUAAAUGUAUACUCUCCUUGUACAAUAGCAGAGAAGAGAGCCCUAUGGAGUCAAUUGUUGGUUUGGAAAAAUAAUCUAUCUAGUGGGGAAUGGAUAAUCGGCGGCGACUUUAAUGCUAUAAAGACAGAGGAUGAAAGAAUAGGAAGGGGCAUGGAAAAUAGAACAGAGAUGGAGGAAUUCGCAGGAUUAAUUGAUCUAUUGGAGGUGGUGGACCUACCGGUCAUAGGAAAUAAGUUUACUUGGCUAAAAUUGGGUGGUGAUGUAAGAAGCAGAAUAGAUAGGUUCCUGAUGACGGAAGGAAUAAUAAACUUGUGGAAGGCGGUGGCUCAGGCCUCUGGGAAUAGAGACAUAUCUGAUAACAGGCCCAUUUGGGUGAAGACUUGCAAUAAGGACUGGGGUGUGAAACCAUUUAAGGUUUUCAGUUGUUGGAAUGAACAUCCGGAUCUGGAGAGAUUUGUUGGGGAGGCCUGGAAAGCGUUCCAAUGCAACGGAACAAGUGUGUAUGUCCUUAAGGAGAAAAUUAAACACAUAAGAGACAGACUGAGAUGGUGGAACCUGUUGAAAGAGUAA